ACCGCCCCCACGCUGAGGGGCGGACGGGGGCGGCUACGGGAGCCGGCGCGGCCCAGCAGCAGCGGCGGCGGCGGCAGCGUUUCCCGGCGUGCCCCGCGGCGGAUUUGUACACAAUCAUCAUGGCCGCCGCCGCUGCCGCCGCUGAUGGUGCCGAGGAGCCGGGCAUGGAGGCGGAGCCUCAGGAACUGCCGCUGGGCUGCGGCGGAGGGGGCGGCUUGCCGGCGGCGGGGAGGUCUCCGGAGGGCGAGGAGCGCCAGGAGCCCCCGCAGGCGUCUGUCAGCAACGGCGGCGACGAGGGCAGCGGGAGGGAGCUGGUGGAGCUGAAGGUGAUCUGGAACAAGAACAAGUACGACGUGAAGUUCUGCCUGGACAGCACGGGAGCCGAGCUGAAGCAGAAGAUCCACUCGCUCACAGGCCUCCCGCCGGCCAUGCAGAAAGUUAUGUUCAAGGGACUUCUGCCAGAGGAGAAAACGUUGCGGGAAAUCAAAGUAACAAAUGGAGCGAAAAUAAUGGUUGUGGGCUCUACCAUCAACGAUGUGCUAGCAGUAAAUACACCCAAAGAAGCUGCUCAACAGGAGGUCAAAGCUGAGGAAAACAAAAAGGAGCCACUUUGCAGACAAAAGCAACACAGAAAAGUAUUGGAUAAAGGAAAACCUGACGAUGUGAUGCCUUCUGUCAAAGGUGUGCAGGAGCGUCUGCCCACGGUGCCGCUGUCCGGCAUGUACAACAAGUCAGGGGGGAAAGUCAGAUUGACCUUCAAACUCGAGCAAGACCAGCUGUGGAUUGGUACAAAAGAGAGAACAGAAAAGUUACCCAUGGGGUCCAUUAAAAAUGUGGUGAGUGAACCUAUUGAAGGCCAUGAGGAUUAUCACAUGAUGGCAUUUCAGCUGGGCCCAACAGAAGCAUCUUACUACUGGGUCUAUUGGGUCCCAACUCAGUAUGUCGAUGCAAUCAAAGACACGGUGCUGGGGAAGUGGCAGUAUUUUUGAAAGCACGCUCACCUCUGGCACAGGAAAAUGACACAAAUCUAAGGACACUGCUGGGAGAGGCCUCCAACAUCCCUGGAUGUGACAGUCCUGGAACUUACUAUUAAAACAUGCUAAACGAGGCAUGGAUGGAAGCCAGAGGUGAUGUUCUUUCACCAUUAGUUUACUUUUAACUUAAAGAUUUCACCAUCCCUUUUCUGCAGUCAGCUUCAACCAUAUUUAAAGCAAAUACAAUGGAAAUCAAUAAAUCUUAAUUCACAAAAUAUCGUGUGUAAUACACUUAAAUCUGCUGAGAGUUGAUCUUCCAGUUUAGUUUUAAAAAGAAAAUAUUACAAUGUAUUCUUGAGGAUUUUUUACAUGGUUUGAACAAAAACAAAUAUUUUCAUAAUCUUUCAGUUAUCAGCAUUAGACUUAAUUUAGUUACUUGGUUGUGACUGGGACUUUGAGGAGCAGAUUUUUAAGAACAAACUGUAGCAGUGUGCAGCGUUGCUGUUCGGUGAAGCCAUAUCCCGCUGGCCCUCCAGGGCAGCUUCCACUCUUUGGUAGCAGAACUAAUUUUUUGUUUUAACCCAAAGAUGCCCUGCUUGUUUGGGAUUUUUCCUCACCUUUUCCUGACUCUGGCAGCUCCGGGUUGGUCUGUGUAGCGUGUGUGGAGCAGGUGAAUUCUGCAGGGAUGUUUUGCCACGGCAGGUGACCCAGUGCUGCCAGCUGUUCCUUCUCGUGCCAGGUCAGUGCUUCACCUCCUGCCCUGGGCUGCUACAUUUUGGGAGCAUUUUCUUGCUCGUGCAUGUUGCAGUCCAGGAUCAUAUUGCAACUGCUGCAUUGACACUGAGCUGUUGAAAUGGAAACACCGUUGUGCUGCCUGGUACGAGCAAGGGGACACAGUGACAUGGACAUGGAUGGAAACACCGUAACGCUGCCUGGCAGGAGCGGGGUGACACAGAUCUCCCAAAGGGAGGGAACCUCAGAGACCUUCCUGCCCUGUUCAGGGUGGGGGCAGUAGGGAAGAGAGAAGCUCAGAUGCUGUUUUGGAUUCUUAAUAACAGUAGCAGUCUUUUCUGAGCUGGAUUUGAAAAUUUGUAGUGAUCUUGAAUUCAGUGAAUCAUAUUUUAGAUUAACUAUCCAGCAAGUGAUGUUUUGAAAUGUAAACCACCUUCCAGCUUUUCUCCUGUUCCAGUUCACAAGAAGCCCUCACACCUCAUUCUGUCAGAAGGAACGUGCUGCGCCUCGGGCUGUGAUGCUCUGUGUGUCAUCCCAGCCAUCCAUCCACGUGCCAUUUCUCUCAGGUGUUGUGAACAGAGCCCUCAGCCCUGGACAGGUGCAAAGCCCGUAGCAGAUGGUAUUGUGCAACCAGACUGGAGCAGUUCACACAUCCCUGCUCUGCAUUAGCGCUGGGGCUCGGUGCUGCUCCGUGCCAGUAGCUCAAACCCAUGCAGAAACAGCCUUUUAGGAAUAGCUAAUCUAAAUAUGCUCCUUGAGGGAAGAGCCCAGUUGAAGCUCAGCAGGUGCAAAUUCCCAAAUGAAUACUUACUUUAUUUGUAUUUUACUUGAGAGACUGGAAAACACAUUGGCUUUCUGGUAGGUGUUGAGGUUACGUACUUCCCUGUAGCCUCUAGAUAGCAGCUUUUAGUUUGUAUUUUCUGUUAGAACAGCCACACAGUAUGAGUUUUAAAGGUGUUUCAUAUCCUACAUAGGAACUAGUGACGUGCUUGUUACUCUUGUAGCUUGAGGUAUUUCCUUUCUGUGUACAAGCCAGCAGCAGUGUGUCCUGACAUGAGUGGCUGAGGCCAGAAGAGCCAUGUCAGCUCCCUUGGCAGUCCCUGGAGCAGUGGGGGCAGAGGGGAGCUGGCCUGAGUUUACUGGUGACAAUGUCAUGGAUGAAAUGCAGCCAUCACACUUGUGGUUUUCUAGUUGCCAGUUGUGGUGUUAAGGCUUAAAUUAACAAUUCGUUACCUGGUGGAAGGUAUGGGCACUACAGGAUAAGCAAAGGGGUGACACUGGCUCUUUCUGUCACCUGGGGCCAUGUUGGCACUUGCCACCUUGCUGGUUCUGUGAUGAUCAGCUCCCAUUUGUUCCUUGACGUGCUCAGACCUAUCUGUGCAUCUGUUCAUGUUCGUUUCCUUUCCUGUUCCUUCGCCCCCUUGCUCCUGGGGAGGGCAUGUGCCCGACUUCCAGCUCCUCCCAGCUCCUUUGGCUUCUGUGCUGGACACAGCAACCGGGUGAGUAACUCUGGGGUGAGUGGGGACAGGCACCGACCCACUGCUGAGGCUGUCGGGGCACAGGGCAGUGUCACUCUCCUGCUGCUCCUUGCCGGAGGGGCACAGCUGCUCUUCGUCCUGGGCCAGGUACAGCCCAGCUGCUCAAAAGAGACUGAGCACAAACCCCUUGGUUACAUACAAACCAGUUUUAAACAUGAAGAAAAUACAAUACACUAAGAAAAUGUGAUCCUGUUUAGGUGCUUCCUUGCAGGUUGGUUUUGAUUGGAAAAAUAAAUUGUUUCAUUUUUUUUGUUCUAUGUGCAAAAUUUGAAUUAAAAUACAGGAAAGUGACUUAUAAAUGCUUUAGUUGGUGUUUGUUGGCUCAGUAUCCCAGGCUUCUUGGGACCUCUUUGAAAUGAAUAUUCUAACAAAUUAGCAGCACUACUUUUAAGAUCCAUUUUUUUUUCUGGGAAUGAUGUGGAGUUUUGUGUGUUCUGGUAUACACCAGAGGCAGUUAUUGACAUUAAGAAACACCCUCUCUUUAGUGGGAUAGCACCACAGUUGCCUCGCAGCUAUUGCCUGCCUCUCUCUUGGCUUUGGAUUUUGCUCUCUGGUCACUGUGACCAUCCCAAGGCAGACUCGACAUAACCGAUGGUCCUGGGGAGGAGUUUGGUGGUUGGUCCUCAGUGAGACACAGUGUGUGAGUAAAGUGCAAGAACACUCGGCAUUUGGAAUUGGUGCUAAAGGUGAUUCUGAGAUCUGACAUACAAUUUUUGUGGGAAGUUAACAGUAACAGCUGCACAAAAGUGUAUUUCAGCUGUAUUGUAUUAAAUUACAAUUUAACAGGAUGUUUUUCAGCAGUGACUGGUUCCUGCUUUGUGUAGGUGUGAUUCCCUGGGAGCGUCCUGGGGUGGCACUCCGUAUGAGGUUGCACUGAGUGCUUUCUGGGUUUGCUGAUUGCAGAUUGAAGUAUUCAUGAGGCAAAUGCAGGUUCCUGCAGGACACAACUGGUGUUUGCUGUUGGCUGCUCCCAGAGCCCAAGCAGUGUCCCCUCCUUGCUGCUGUCUUGGGAUCCCUCCUGUCAGUCUCCCAGCUCCCCAGCUUGUUCCAUGACACUGAGUACCACAGCUCCCCUGUGUGCCAUCCCUUCCCCUCUCCAUCCCUACCCAGCACUGCAGGUUUCUCCUCCUCUACUUGUCCCAAGUUCAGUAUUCUUUCCUUCUCCAUUUGUGCAUCCCAAGUGUAAGCAGUCCCAGGAUCACUACUUUGUUGGGAAUGCAGAAGUGUUGUUGCUCAGCCUGGUUGGGGUUUGAACAGAGACUGUCUUGCAUAAGAGCUUGUGUUACUCACGUGGUUUCAUACCAAGUUUAAAGUAAAUUAGUAAUUUCCAUUAAUGACAUUGAUGAGGAAUGUGGACUACAGUCAGGAUGUUCUGGUGACGGAAGAGAGUGAUCUGGAUUCAAAGGAGAUAAGAAACUGUCACCACCACCACACUCUGCUGGUGCCACACACCCUGCCCAGCUUGCACCUGCUGGCUGGUGCCCACUGCUCCUCCAUGCUCUAAGGGCCAAAGAGAAACAAUUCCCUGCUGCUGCGCUGCCCAGGUGCCAUGGUGGGGUCUGCUCUGCACCCCCUGCCCCACAGCCACGGUCCUGACCCCACCGGUGCCGCUGUCUUGGGCACAGCACUCCCUGCUCCCAUCCUUGCAGGGCUUGUUUCCAGACUUCUCUUGGUUUACUUUUCUUCCUUUGUAACUUGGUUUUUCCAGUGGAGCUGUUUACACCCUCAGUUCUGUCCUCCAGCCUUUCUCCACCUGUUACGAUGCAACCGUUGGCUUUGUUAGUGAAUGUCCUUGUCACCGAAGGGGAGCAGGGGACCAGGAGAGCCAUAACAAGUCUUGUAUGAAACGUGGCCAUUUUACUUUCUAGCCAAGGAUUCACCUUGGUAGCUCAUGGAAGUUCACUCUGUCUUAUCCAUACUCAAAGCAAUUAAUUCUUUGGUUUUAUAUUAAAAAAAAACUUAAAUAUUUGUGUCCACUGCAGAUUUAUUUUAAAUGGAAUAUGUGAGUACCAUGUAUUAUGGUAUUCUUAAAUAAACUAUUGCCUAUUUUGGGGGGAGGGAGAUGACAAAUAUUUAGUCUUAGAUUUGCACUGCUGGAUUUUUUAAGUGUAACCUUGACUGGUUAUCCUGGUGUUUUAUUCUGUAAGAUUAGUCUUAUGAAUUAAAGUUUGAUAAUUAAGUA